AUGGGUAGUAGUAGCUUGCCUAUGUCACAACAAAUGUAUUUUAGUACGCAUAAUGCUUUAAGAAUAAAUGAAGAAAACGAUGUAAUUAAUACAUUAUUUUAUGAAAUAAAUGGAAACAGACAUAUAAGUUUAUUAAUAUUUCCCUUUUAUGAUGUUCAGAUGCUAAAAAGAUUAUUAAUUAAAAAAUUAAAUUUACCAGGGGGUAUCAAAGUAAAUGAUAUUAUUAUAUUUUAUAAAGGUAUAAAGUUACCAAAUUAUAGAAUAAUUAGCACAUAUUUAGAUAAUAAUAAUAGAAAUGAAAAAAAAAAGAGAAAAAGAGUUAACAAGUUAUAUUGGGCUAUUAAAGAUACAAAUCCUAAUGCAUCUAUAAGAGUAAUAGACAGUAAAAGUUAUCCACCUUUCUUUGAGAAUAUUCUAAAUGAAAUAAAAUUAGCAUUUAAAAAAAAUAUUUCCCCCAAAUUAACAAUGGAUGGUACUGGAGGAACAUACUUAUUAUUCAAUGGAAAGAAAAAAGUUUGUUCUGUAUUUAAGCCAUUAGAUGAGGAGGCAUUUGCACCAUUUAACCCUCGUGGUUAUGAAGGGAAGAUGUAUCAAGAAGGAUUUCGUUCAGGUGUAUUAUCAGGAGAAGGAGCAAGUAGAGAAAUAGCUGCAUAUAUCUUAGAUAAUAAUUAUAAUAAUUUCAGCAAUGUUCCUUGUACUAUUAUGGUAGAAGCUUGCCAUCCUCAUUUUAAUAAUAAAAGUAAAUUAAAAUAUAUCGAUAAUGAAACUAAUUUAAAAUGGAAAUGUGGAUCAUUGCAAGAAUUUAUCGAUUCCAAAGAAAGCGUUGGCAAUUACGAUUAUAAACAAUUUAGUAUUAGAGAUAUACAUAAAAUUGCUAUACUUGAUAUAAGAGUUAUGAAUUUAGAUAGAAAUGAUGGUAAUAUACUAGUUUCUCCUUUAAAAAGUUUAAAAGACUCUUAUAAUCAAUUUUUAUAUAGAAAUAAUCAAUUUUUCAGUACAAAUAAUGAAGAUAUUCUUAAGAGAAUAGUAACAAUAGAUAAAAAACCAUCAAGAUACAGCUUAAUACCAAUAGAUCAUGGAUUAAUAUUGCCUCAUAUAAUGGAUGUUGCAGAAAUUGAUCUGGUUUGGUUUGAAUGGCCUCAAACAAAAGUUCCAUUUGAUGAUGAAGAAUUACAUGUGAUUUUUACAUUCGAUCCUGAUAAAGAUGCAGAAAAAAUUAGAAAGAAGUUAUUAAUAAGAGAGGAUUGUAUAAGAACUAUGAGAGUAUGUACUCGUUUAUUACAAAUAGGUGCAAGAAUGCAUUUGAAUUUGUAUGAAAUUGCAAAAAUAAGUACAAGAAAAAAUAUUGAUGAUGAAUCUAUACUUGAGCAUUUAGUUAAAGAUUCAAUUAUCCAAGCAUAUCAAAUGAUGGACUAUACUUCUUUAAUGAGUACAAAUAGAUUAGGGCAUAUUUUAGAUUUAGCAGAAAUUAAAAUUAAUAAAAAAAAGAAAAAUAAUAAAAGUAAAGCAAUAGAUAAUAUUGAUGACAAAAUAAAGAAAUCAGAGGAUCAAACUGAAAUAAAAAAAAACGGAAGGCCUGAAGCAUUUCCAAAUAUAACAAAAAGUGAAUAUGAUGCAUUAGAUAAUAAAAAAAUUAAUUUUUCUGGUUCGGUAAGUUUUAAAGAGAUAGAAGAAAAUUUGUGCAUAAAGAAAAACCCCUUUUUAAAAGAUAAUUAUAAACAAAAGGAUAGUAAAAUAAAUACUGAAAACAAUAGCAUCAAUAGUAGCAUUAAUAAUUCUUUGGGUAAUAUCAAUAUGUGCGAUAUGAAUGUAUCCAACACCAGUAAUUGUAAGGAGAAUUUGAAAAAAAAAGAAGAUUUAGAAGAAGAUAUGAAAACGUUCAGUCGAUUUUAUUCAUCGAAAAGUGAGAUAGUUGAAAAUAGUAAUUAUAGUGAUGACAAUAAAAUUAUGAGUAAGCAAUUUCAGAAUAUACCGAAUAUUGAAAUUAGUGAAUAUAAUAUACUUUAUAAAAAUAAAAAAUCAGUAAAAAUGGUAAAUCAAACAAAUGAUAGUAGUUCUCCAGUUACAUCUUUUAGUAGUACAAGCGAGUAUAUUAAUGCUACGACAAGCUCUACUUCAAAUAGUUAUGAUUCAUCUUUGAAUAAUGAUUAUAAAUGUAAUGAUUCAAAGAAAUAUGAUUCACAUAAUGAAGGAUUAGAUAAUAAUUUGAAUUUAUCUGAUAAUAAAUCAUUAUUUCAUAAUGGACAAAUAAUUAAAUCAAAAUUUAAAAAAAAAAAGAAAAAGAGGGAAAAAAAGAAAAAAGAAGAGAAAGAAAAAGAAAAAAAAGAAGAGGAAAAGGAAGGAGAAAAAAGAAAAGAAAGAGAAGAAAAAGAUGAAGAAGAUGAGGAUGAAGAUGAAGAUGAUGAUGAAGAGGAGGAAGAAGAAAAUGAUGAUGAUGAUGAAACUUUUAAAAAACCUUCAGGGACAAUAAAAAGAAUAAGUGAGAAUACGGGAACAGCCUAUCGAAACAUAGAAAUGAAUAAAAUAAAUUCGAUUUGGGUGAUUAGAGAUAAAAAUAAUAAAAUUAUAAAUGUAAAAUGGGAAAAUAAAAUUUUUGAGAAGCUUUUUUUUGAAACCUUCGAAAAUUAUGUUAAAAAAUAUAUUAACGAUUAUCAUCCAAAUUGGAAGAAUUAUCCUUAUAAUGGUGACGAAAUUACAUCAAUAAAACAUUCUUACUUAAAUAGUAUAAAAUAA